GCGGAGCCGAGUAGCACCGCUCUGAGCUGAACAGAGCUGGAACCGCGGGGACCUGAGAAUAGGAGCGGAACCCGACGCAGACCAGUCCCUGCCUGCCCUGGCGGCCGCGGCUGCCACCCCGCUUUUCCUGCUGCCUGCGCCGCUUAGGGAGGUAGGAGCAGACACGAGGAGUCGGUCCCGGGGCUCCGCCCGCCCGGCGCCGGUAGCAACUUUGCCGCCCCGGUUGUUCUCGCUUCUCUCCGCUGCGGUGCGGGCGCUUACGUGGCGCGGUGAUUAAUCCUGGCAGGAGUUUUGCAAAGCCUUUAAAAGGCUGCUUUGAGCGCAGCAACCUUUUUUCUCCGAGGCUGCUGAAAAGGAGGACUUGCGAUUUUCCACGGGGGACCUUCCCUCACCAAUAAAGCCAUCAGCUGCCCUAAGCCACUGGAGGAUGUGAAUGGACAGCACGACGCUGGUGCGACUGCUGGCAGGAGUCAGCGAUCCUGGGAAAAGGGCGGAGCGCCAGAGGGGAGUCCUCCUGGCGUUGCACUUGCUACAUUAACUCGGCGCAGCGGGGAAAACGACACAACUUUCCGGGUCUGCCCCGGGUGGUGGCAAGAAGAGCUUCUCCGCUUCUCUGGUCGCCGCGUCCUCAGCGCCAGUCACUUCCCUCGGCAGACGCCGUCGGUAGCGGGAGACGCGUUCCGGCGGCAGCGACAUCGUGGCUACCCCCGUCCCGGCGAGGCAGGCUACUCCCGGGAGCUGGCCGGGGAUGUCUCUUGCUCCCAGCCCCGCUGAGCUGGGCGGCUGCCACCUCUGAAAGGGAGCGAGCGAACCUCGCCGCCUCCCGGCCAUGCAACCUCUCCGCGCUCCCCUCACCCUGCUCUGCCAGAUGCUGAGCGCCUGGACUGCCUGCGCCCUGGCCCCCGCCGCAGCCACCGCGUUGCCGGCGCUCCUGCAGCACGCCCGCUCGCCACCAGCCCCGACGCCCCUCGCCCCUGGCCGGCGAGCGGCUGCGACUCUCCCCGCGCGCGUAGAACUCUCUCGCGGGGCUGACGCUGUGCCUGGCGGAGCGGCGGGGGCAGGCAGCAGCUGCGCGCCCCGCGAGGCGGCGGAGACUGGGCGGCGGAGAGCGCGGAGCAGUGAGCGUGGAGCCGGUGCAGCGGCGGGGAGGAGAGUCGGAAAUGGUCCCCGCUGGCUACCCCUGAACGGUUCGGCCGGCGGCGAGAGCAACUCCGGGAGCCGCAGCAACGCCACGGGCCGCCGCGCCCGCAUCCGCAACCCCUUCUACCCGCUGACUGAGGAGUCGUACGGCGCCUACGCCGUCAUGUGCCUUUCCGUGGUGAUCUUCGGCAUCGGCAUCAUGGGCAACAUGGCAGUGAUGUGCAUCGUCUGCCACAACUACUACAUGCGGAGUAUCUCCAACUCUCUGCUAGCCAACCUGGCCUUCUGGGACUUCCUCAUCGUCUUCUUCUGCCUGCCGUUAGUCGUCUUCCAAGAGCUCACCAAGAAAUGGCUCUUAGAAGACUUUUCUUGCAAAAUCGUCCCAUACAUCGAGGUAGCUUCUCUUGGAGUCACCACAUUCACACUCUGUGCCCUCUGCAUUGACCGAUUUCGUGCUGCCACCAAUGUGCAGAUGUAUUACGAGAUGAUCGAAAACUGCACCUCUACGACAGCCAAACUGGCUGUCAUCUGGGUGGGUGCGCUACUACUGGCCCUGCCAGAGGUUGUACUGCGCCAGCUGGCAAAGGAGAACCCUGAGUACAGUGGCAGCCCACCAGGGGAGCGGUGUGUGGUGAAGAUAUCCACAACGCUGCCUGACACCAUAUAUGUGCUAGCUCUCACUUAUGAUGGAGCAAGACUCUGGUGGUACUUUGGCUGCUAUUUUUGUUUGCCUACCCUUUUCACUAUUACGUGCUCCCUGGUAACAGCAAGGAAAAUCAGGAGGGCAGAAAAGGCUUGCACAAGAGGAAACAAGAGACAAAUUCAACUGGAAAGUCAGAUGAACUGCACAGUGGUGGCGCUGACCAUUUUAUAUGGGUUUUGCAUCAUUCCUGAAAACAUUUGCAAUAUUGUGACAGCCUACAUGUCCACAGGGGUCUCUCAGCAAACUAUGGACCUCCUCCAUCUCAUUAGUCAGUUCCUUUUGUUCUUUAAGUCUUGUGUUACCCCAGUUCUCCUUUUCUGUCUCUGUAAACCUUUCAGCCGGGCCUUUAUGGAGUGUUGCUGUUGCUGCUGUGACGAAUGCAUCCAGAAGUCUUCAACAGUGACAAGUGAUGACAAUGACAAUGAGUACACCACAGAACUGGAGCUUUCUCCUUUCAGUACUAUUCGUCGCGAAAUGUCCACUUUUGCUUCUGUGGGGACUCACUGUUGAUUGACCUUAGGACUUUUUCUUCUGUAUCUUUUUUCCUUUAGUAUUUUUUUAUUUGGUUGGUUUUGGUUUUUUUUUUAAUUCAUAUUUUCCUUCUUGAAACUAAAUGCCAGGGAAAAAAAUUACUGAAACAAUUCUGGAAGCCAAUCAGCAUAUUAACAGUCAUGCUUUAUUUUGUUGUUAGAAUGAAAGAGAAGGAGAACCAGCACUCAGUUUUAAAUCAUGUUUGUAUGGUGCUAGGAUUUUAUUGUCUGAGGAGGAGAAUCUGUAUCAAUCCGCUUUUAUUCUGUAAGUUUCUUUUUGAUAAUCACUGUAAAGUUGUUAUAUAGAUGUGGGGUUUGGAGAUGUUUCAUAUAAAACAUGUAGUGGAAAGUAUUUGACAGUAGUUUUAAUCCAAUUACUAUACAUUAUUGUGAAAGGACUUGGACUAAAGAAAAUUUUGUCUGGUAGCAUAAAAAUAAAUGAAGUUUUAUUCUUUCACUUCAUUGUCAAUCUGCAUUUAACUAGAACACCUUUAAGUUGUAUUAAAUUAAUCAUUUUAAAAAAUCUUUGCUGUGCUUAAAAUAAUUUCAAUGGCCAUAUUAAAUUUACCAUUUGUGUACUUACUCUUGAAAGCUAUAAUUACAGUGUUUAAGGAAGAUGGUUAUGACAGUGUAAGAUUUACAUGAGUUUUUUUAAAAUAUAUAUUACGAGGGUUCAAUGUGCCUCAUUGAAAAUUUCCUUAUGCUUCAGAUAUACAAAGCCUGAAUUAUUUUGUAUUUCUUACAAACAAAGAUUUGUUUUCUCACUACAGUGUCUUGUGUGAUUUCAAAAUCAAGUUUCUUUACCAUUUGUUACUGGUUUUACAUUAUAUCCUCAGUCUCUGCUGGCUUCAUUGGGAACCCCAUUGCAGAGCAAGGCAUUCUUUUGCCAGAGGUUUGCUGACAAUAAAUGCAAAGGACUGAAA